AUGACUUCCUCAUCUACUCUCGCAGUUCUAGUUGCACUUGCCACAAUUGUAGCAGUGUCACAGGUUCAAUCCGCUGUUCUCCCUGUCUCUUCUACUGAACUGACUACAGUCGGAAAAGAUGUUUCGACGGCUACAACAACUGCAAUUGAUACUCUUCAAAAUUCGAUGUCCAGGGUGAAGAGACAAGGUGGAGGAUGCGGAUGUUGUGGAUGUGGAUGUGGAUGCUGUUGUUGUAGACCAAGGCUCCAUCUAUAA